CUUAUAAAUUGACUAAUGAUAGCCCAUGCAAUUGCCACUGACUUCAGUGCUGUCAUUCUCACACGCGCAGUCACCCGGCUGUCGAAGUCUGGUGACAGGAAUAUGGGCGAAUUGACUUGGAGAAUCUUUUUCCUCGGUUUCCUUAAUUUUAAAACAGAAAAAUAUGUCAUCGCUGAAAACAGAAAAUUGGGAAUCUCAUUUAGAGUUUUUCAGAUCUGUGUGCUGCUAUACGUGAUCGGGUGGGUCUUAGUGUAUAAGAAGGGGUAUCAAUCGAGGGAAGAGACCGUCCAGAGCUCUGUCAUCACCAAGCUGAAAGGAGUGGUCAUGACCAACAGCACAGAAUCUGGACUUUACCUAUGGGGGGCUGAGGAUUAUGUCAUACCUCCAACGGGUGAACAAGUCUUCUUCAUUGUUACAAACUACCUCGAGACCCCAAAUCAGAGGCUUGGGUUCUGUGCUGAGAGCCCUAAGGUGCCAGAUGGCCAAUGUGUAAACAAUGAGGAUUGUGCCGAGGGUGAAGUAGUAAUAGCUGGCAAUGGGGUAAAGACUGGAUUGUGUUUAAACUCUACAGGGACCUGUGAGAUACAUGGCUGGUGUCCCGUCGAGACGGUCCGGAAACCCUCGGAGGCUUUAUUAAGCAAGGCAGAAAACUUCACAAUUUACAUCAAGAACUUUGUCAGGUUUCCGAAGUUUGAAUUCUCCAAGUCAAAUGUUCUGGACACCGGUAAUGACUCCUAUCUAAAGAGAUGUUCCUAUGACAACGUCCUCCAACCCUACUGCCCCAUCUUUCGUCUGGGAGACCUGGUCAGCAGGACUGGACACGACUUUCAGGACAUGGCUGUAGUGGGUGGGUCAGUUGGAAUUCUGAUUGAGUGGAACUGUGAUUUGGAUAAGGACUACUCACAGUGUAACCCAAAGUACAGCUUUACUCGUUUGGAUAUCAACUUAAACAGCACUGUCACGUCAGGCUACAACUUCAGAUAUGCCCGGUAUUACAAAGAUGAAGCUGGAGAGAGCUUCCGGACUUUAUAUAAAGUCUAUGGGAUUCGCUUUGAUAUCAUGGUGAAUGGACGGGCUGGAAAAUUCAACAUCAUUCCCACAGUAAUAGCUAUUGGGACUGGGUUCGCUAUUAUGGGCAUGGGAAAAUUUGUGUGCGAUAUGAUAUUCAUCUACAUGAUGAGCACGAGUUCCUACUUCCGAGACAGGAAAUUUGAGAUUCUCAAGAAAGAACGGAUUAAGAAGCACAAAGAGAGUGCGAAGACAGUGGUGAACCGAGACACAAGAAAACACAGGACACAUGCUGGGGAACAACAUGAGCUCACCACACUCUCUACGAAAAAAGAGGAGCAACCAGAGCCCGCCACUCAGGACACAGAGAAACAGGACCUUAAAACUGGGGAGAAAAAGGAGGUUCAUAUUCUCUCUCCGCGAACUGUGGGGCAACGGUAUAAUACUCACCCUCCACGACCACGACACUAACCAAUUAAUUCAGAGUGAGACACAUUUUUAUUUACCCUUUAUUAACACAGGUUGGCCGAUUGAGGUCAGAAGACUUGUUUUUCAAGGAAGACGUGAGACAAAGAAAGAGGUGCUGCUAUCGUCAAGACGGCUAGACUGGGUCCUCUAGCAGGUGGAAAGGGAAACGAGAGUGGGUGAGGUGGUGAUCCUGAUGCCCACCCUCCUUCUUCUCUACCAGCGGAGGUUGCUGAUGCUGACACUUGGCUUUGGUUUUCCAAUGUCUCAAGAGUGAUGUGUGUGCUGAUUGGAAAUGAUGGUGACUGAUAGGCUAGCAAAGAGAAAUGGCAAUGCUCUCCUCUCCUUACACUUUACUGGCGCAAUGACAAUGCAGACGCUCUACGUAGCGAGAUAUUUAUCAAAGAGAAAAAGCACUAUUGCAUUUCUGUGGUAUUAUAUUUGUUUAAGAUGGAAGCAUUAUGCAUCUGGUGUCAAUUAGGCCAUGCAAUCAUACCAUGGUAGAGGCCUGAACUAGGUUAUGCUGGCUGUGGUGUUUCUUCACACCUAAAGAGACAGCUUGUAGUAUAAUUAAAUCCUUGUGAGUCAUAUUAUGGAAUUCCACAUAUCGUGAGAUUAGGCCUACAAUUGCUUUCUCACGUCAUUGGAAAAUACACUGGGUGUGAGGUUGUCUAUCAUAAAUACUUUGCAUUUAAUGUGAUUACUUGUAAUUUCCAUCAUGUAUUGACUGCACUUAUUUGUGAAGGAACUGUUUUUCUGAGUGAUUUGUGAUGUUUUUUUUGUGCUUCCCAUGACUGUGUUUUUGUAUUUAAAAAAAUAUAUAUAUUAGUGCAUAUCUAUGUUGUACUAUACAGGGCGCAUUUGAAAAAGAGACCUAGAUCUCAAAACGUCUUCCCUGUUAAAAUAAAGGUCAAAUAAAAUAUAAAUGUCCUGUG